GUCGGUGUCGCCAAUGUGUGAAAAAAAUGACACAGAUAAUACGCUCUAAGCGGAAACUAAAAUUAGGUACCCGUUGAUAUUGGUGCCAUGCCUUCCAAAUUGGCACAAUCUGGCGGCAUGGAGACGGAAAAUGAUGAGGGUGUCAAAAGAGGCUCUUGGUCGACCACUUGCGGCACGGAUGUGUCGACCACACAAGACCUGGAUUGUCCCCACACCUCCAGGCUCUUAAUUCAGGAGGUCUUGAACACUGCCUCCAAACCCUCGCAAGUCCAGCCCUCUUCAAACACUCACAUCUCUUCCUCGUCCUCAUCCUCCUCCUCAUCCUCCCCUUCCCUGUCACCCUCAUCUUCAUCCUCCUCUUCUACCUCCUCCACCACUUCCUCAUCCUCCUCUGACAAUUGGACCUGUGAAGUUGCAGAUGGACAAGAUAAGGUGAUAUUGAGGAGGGUCCCAGUCGUGUCUCGGGAUGGGAUUUAUGCAGCAGGGAAGAACCCUGUUUGGAAACCCCGCUUCAGAUACACAAGGAACGCCAGGAAGGAGAAGAACAAGCAAUAUAAACAAAAGGGAGCUGCUAGAUAUUCAGAGUAUACGCUUCCACAAUAG